AGCCAGUGAUGGUGCCCAGCACCCCCGAUGAUGCCCCAGAGCCCCGAAUCAAGUGCGGAGGAGGAGCACCUCUCCCAGUGCCCCGAGGGGGAGUCGGGCUCGGAGAGCUCCCGCGAGGGGGCCAGCCCCCCGGCCAGCCCCGCUAACCCAGGCCAUACCCACUCCACGACAGUACCCGAAGACGCCCACUUCAGUAUGAUGGUCUUCCGAAUUGGCAUUCCUGACCUGCACCAGACGAAAUGCCUUCGUUUCAACCCCGAUGCAGCCAUCUGGGUAGCCAAGCAGCAGAUUCUCUGCACCCUCAACGAAAGCCUCAAGGACGUGCUGAACUAUGGCCUUUUCCAACCGGCCACCAACGGGCGAGAUGCCAAAUUCCUGGACGAAGAACGCCUCUUGCGCGAAUACCCACAGAGUUUCGAGAAAGGAGUCCCCUACCUGGAGUUCCGCUACAAGACCCGAGUUUACAAACAGACCAAUCUGGAUGAGAAGCAGCUCGCAAAACUCCAUACUAAGACGGGGUUGAAGAAGUUCCUCGAGUACGUCCAGCAUGGAGCAGCUGAGAAAGUGGCGCGGCUUCUGGAUAAAGGGCUUGACCCCAACUAUCAUGACUCAGACACUGGGGAAACACCUUUGACGUUAGCAGCGCAGCUGGACGGAACGAUCGAUGUGAUUCGGUUGCUGUGCCUCGGUGGUGCCCACAUAGACUUUCGGGCAAGGGAUGGAUCCACCGCACUGCACAAAGCUGUGUGCUCACACCACUAUGCAGCCCUGAUGGCACUCUUGGAUUUGGGGGGCUCCCCCAAUUACAAGGACCGCCGUGGGCUGACGCCGCUCUACCACACAGCCAUGGUUGGAGCUGACCCACGCUGCUGUGAGCUUCUACUCUACAAUCGAGCCCACAUUGGCACCACGGAUGAGAAUGGGUGGCAGGAGAUACACCAGGCUUGCCAACACGGACACUCCCAGCAUUUGGAGCACUUGCUGUUCUACGGUGCUGAGCCAGGGGCGCAGAACGCAUCUGGGAAUACGGCACUGCACAUCUGCGCACUCUACAAUAAGUGGGCCCUGAAGACUUUACUUUUGAAGGGAGAAAAAGAAAAACUAAGGGGAAAAAUAGCUUCGGGAAAAGAGCUGCCUUCUAACAUUGGCCUAGCUAGUGCAGUGCUGAGCGUCGGAGAAGGUGGCUUCUGGGAGGGGCAGGUCAAGAACCGCGUGGGCUGGUUCCCCUCAGACUGCGUGGAGGAAGUAGCCAACAAGUCACAGGAAGGGAAACAAGAAUUUAUUUUCAAAACCUGA